UUAUUCACUGGAUUGCCACAACAAAAACCGCGAGGUGUGAACACAACUGCUGUCAGUUUAUGGAUUCUGUGUAAUGCGAGAUUUGUGACGCUGCGUGGUUUUUAAUUCGCAGAUUGUUGGAAGGCAUCAGGGAUUAACAGGAAUAGUGUUAGGUCUUCUGAACGAAUGCUAGUGCUUUGUUAUUGUCGUCAAGUGAUUAGAUAGCUUUAGCACGUAGCAUCAUGGCCAGUCCCGCGAGCGCAAACAUGAACGCUGUCCGGGAGACUAUGGAUGUUCUCUUGGAGAUAUCCAGGCUGUUGAAUACAGGACUGGACAUGGAGUCUCUGUCGAUAUGUGUCCGUCUCUGUGAGCAGGGGAUCAAUCCCGAAGCGCUGUCAUCAGUUAUCAAAGAACUCAGAAAAGCCUCGGACUCAUUAAAGGCUUCUGAAAUCAGCACUAAUCAAGGAUGACCUGUUGAAAUUUCAUCUAUGACAGAAUGGUCCCUGUUUGAGAUGUGUAUAUAAGCAUGUACAUAGGAUUAAUGUGUUAAAACAGUUGUUUUGCCUUGUGUUUGACCUACUUUCAUGUGCCUCAGUAUGUACAAUUGGACUGUUAAAGUGUGCUAUUUUUUCCUUUUUUGUGAUAUUUAAAUAUUGUGUGUAUGAAUAUUAACUAUAAUUCAUUAUAAUGCUAAAAGGAAAACAUAAUCAAAAUAGAUAUUGCUCUGUGGAAUCAUUUUUGCCUCCAUUUAAGUCAGUAAAAUGUUUUUUACCCUAA